AUGAAAUUAUGGCAAAAAGUUACCUUAGGUCUAAUCUUCGGUAUUAUAUUCGUACCUGAUAAUGCUGUCGGUGCUUUUGCAAAUGGUGAUGUCUUGCAAGUAGUAUUUUUAGCCGUCUUUGUUGGGAUUACCUUAAAUAAAAUGAAAGCAACAGCUGAACCUAUUACUGAUUUAGUACAUUUAAUGUCGAAAUUAGUACUAAAAAUGAUAUCAUUUGUUAUUCAAUUAUCACCUUAUGGUGAUUUUGCUUUAACAACUUGGAUUAUAGGCACGCAAGGUGCUUCCAUUAAUAUGGAUGGGUUUGCUAUAAAUUUAUCGCUUACUACUAUCUUUUUUGCUCAAAUGAUGGGCGUAACGCUUGCUCCGCAUGAUUAUUUAGUGAUUAUCUUAACCUCAACCCUUGGCUCAAUUGGCGGUGCUGGUAUUCCAGGAGCUUCGUUAAUCAUGCUGCUUAUGGUACUUUCAUCAGUACAAUUACCGAUUGAGGGUAUAGCAAUUAUUACCGGAAUAGAUAGAAUUCUUGAUAUGUUACGCACUACCAUUAAUAUAACAGGUGAUGCAACAAUUACUAUGCUUGUCGAUAAUAGCAAAGGGACAUUAGAUAAAGAGGUUUACUUAUCGUAA